CCCUGAUCCAUUCUGUUUCCACCUGAACUAACCCAUUCUCGGCUCUUCUCACGAAAUGGACGGCUGGACCGAAAUCUCCCGAAUAGCGGCCACCACUCAGCCCCCGAAAGGUCCCUCUCCCCAUAUCCAUGAGCCAGCAUCCAUCACUUCUCUCAAGUUUGACUCGGUGCAGAAUCUUAUAUGGUGCGGUGACAGUUUUGGGUACACAAGAUCAUUUACACCAGGUCCAAAUUCAAAUGGAGUCAAUCCCUAUCAGCAGAGUUUGCUGUUUCUUCCAUAUACAAAGUUCAAGUCGUCUUUGAACAACAAUCCCAUACUUCAGCAUCUAGACCACAAGGAUGGGAUCUUGCUGCUUCUGAGCAAUUGCAUCAACUUCAACAACCGUAGAGGUUUGGCCAAGUUAUCUUUGCUGUCAGAUUCGUUUGUUGACGCAAAUUCCGUUCUUUUCAAGAACUUAACUAGUCUCACGACCAACUGUAAUACUAUGAACGAUAUAGUUGUAGGUAGCAAUUUGUCGCUUCUAAAGUUUGAUCUCAAUAAGCCGUCACACCUCAUGUCGUUCAACCACGACGGCAACAUAUCGAUAGUGAACCAGACAUCAAAAUUCUUGACGUUGGGUAAAGCUAAUGGAGCUCUAGAACUUUUUGAUCCCGUAAGCAACUCCUCUAUCAAGUCGUUCCAGGGCCAUACGGGUUUACUUUCAGACUUGGACGUUCAAGGCUCCUACAUUGCGACAUGUGGAUAUUCCAUUCGUCCGAGACGUUACAACCAUAACUCCCAAAACUCCAAUAAUGACUACAUGGUAGACCCCCUAGUUAACAUCUACGAUGUGAGAAUGAUGCGUGCUGUGGCCCCAAUACCGUUCCCAGCAGGUGCUUCCUGUGUCCGUUUCCACCCGAAGUUACCUAACAUUGUGCUCAUAUCAUCCAAUAGUGGCCAGCUUCAAUUUGUAGACAUCUAUGACCAAACCAAUGUGUUCUUGUACCAAGCAGAUUUGAUGCCUACAUCGCAACCGCGCCAGCCCCUGCAAUUGUCCAAGGCUCCGUUCAUGACGAAUCUUGAAAUCAGCGAGAAUGGUGACUUCUUUGCCUUUAGCGAUAGCUAUGCGACAAUGCACUUGUGGACCUUAAACAACUCUGGUUCGACUAUAACUAAAGACUUUGUCAAUUUCCCUGCUAGCAUUGAACAACCGGAUGUAAUCAUACCUCCUGCAACUGAGCAUAUUGGUGUGGAUGAUUUGGUUCCUUUAUCCACAAUUGGUAUGCCCUACUACAAGGACUUGUUACUCUCUAACUAUGCCUCGGACUUGAGCUUUACCAAGGAGUUGGCUAAAUUGCCUGACCCAAUCGACCACGAUCUACUCGUAGAAAGUGAAUCUCAUGUCGGUUUUUUCCCAUACGACAAGUCCAAAUACGGUCCAGCCAACACCGCAAAGAAAUAUCAGUCUCUUAAGGAAAGAAGCAACAUCCAUUCGACAGUCAACGUACCUAAGUUUAUAAGUGAAAGAAACAAUGCCUUGACCAAAACCAUGUCCAACACUAGUCUUGCACUUCAGAAUUUGAACAAGGAACAUCACAAUGAAAUCUUUCAGUACAAGGUGCCUUUAUCUAGAAAGAAGAUCCCCAAUUGCUAUUCGAGAUUGCAGAUUCAGUACUCCAAGUUUGGUGUUAAAGAUUUCGAUUUCAGCUACUACAACAGGACUGAUGGAUUGUACUGCGGGCUUGAAAAUGAUGCUGAUAAUUCUUAUGUGAAUCCCUUACUUCAAUUAUACAAGUUUCAGCCAGCUUUCCACAACUUGAUGGUUCGAAACUUGACCAACGAAUGGUUACCCAAUGAUUUUGAAACAAUUAUCACUCAAAAGAAUCCGCAAGGAUCUUCGAUUCUAAAUGAAUUGGGAUAUUUGUUCGACAUGAUGAACAAGGCAAAGGACAAAAAUGUGAAUAUGUCCAACUUUUCACAGGUGUUUAAAGAGAAUAGACUUGCUCAGACAGAGAACUUGAUUAAUCUUGACGAAGGAGCCAAGUUGAAUUCUCAGGCUUUGCGUAAUUUGAUCAUUGGUUUCAACAAAUUCUUGAUUGCUGAAGUAUACAAGGAUUUAAUGAACCAGGCCAGAGACUCCUCUAUUUCGAGCCUUAUGACAGUGCUGUACGUGAUGGAAGUUAGAGGAACCGGUCCAUCUUGCCCUAUUUACGAUAAGCAGUUUGGAUCGCAGUUGAGUUUAGAUUUGCUUACACCUCCCAGUAACGUAUUGAACAAGUUGAGUAUAUUACUUAAUCCACAGAUCAACACACAGCAGCAAGUGGUAACACCUACUACGACCAGAAGAAAUCAUAAUUUGAUAACCUACUUGGAGUACACCAUUAACCAGUUCAAGACCAUACCAUGUCAACAACACCAACAUCAAUAUCCACACACUUUGGAAGUGCGUUCUUCUAUCACAAAAUUGCCUCCUUUAUUAUCGUUGAAUGUUAACUUGUCCAACGAGGAAUUCAAGUUGAUCAAUGGAUUCAAGAAGUGGCUUGUUCCAGAGUUCUACGCCUUGAACAACAACAAUGAUGCACCCAUUGCUUUCAAGCCGGUUCUCACACAAUUUGAUCAGGACUCGACUAGAUAUGAGUUAUUGGGUUAUGUUUGUGAAAUCAGUCAGCAAUCUGAUUUUUCAUUGGGAACACAUAACUUGGUUUCAUAUGUCAAGAUAGAUGGAAGGUGGUUCUUGUUCAAUGAUUUCUUGGUCAUGCAAAUUCCAGAAGAGGAAGUAUUCAACCUUUCGUAUCCAUGGAAGAAGCCUGUCAUUUUGGUAUACCACGAUAGUUCUAUUUCUGGUAUCCCUUUUGAUUUGUUCCAAAUAGAGACGUUCGCCAAUUUGCCGGGAUUGAACGAUUCUAUCAUAUAUCGCGAUCACUUUGCUGGGUCAAUUAGGGAGUCCCACAAGAAGGAUUACGAGUUGUUAACUAGACAGGAAGCACCAAGUUUGGGCACUCUUAUUGCCAUUGACGCCGAAUUCGUGAAUUUGAGACCAGAAGAACUCGAAGUAAGAUACGACGGCCACAAAAAGUUAAUCAAGCCCAAGUUUCUUUCUUUGGCAAGGUUAUCAGCUCUUCGUGGUGAUAAUGGUGAGAAACAAGGAGUUGCAUUUAUCGAUGACUACGUUGUACACACUGGUGAAAUCUACGACUAUCUCACAAGCUUCUCAGGUAUCGAACCUGGAGACUUGGACCCUAUCAACUCGGAAAAGAACUUGGUUACUUUACAGACAGUUUACAGAAAGUUGUGGUUACUUUUGAACUUAGGUGUUGUGUUUGUAGGACAUGGCUUGUACAAUGAUUUCAGAGGUAUUAACUUGCAAGUACCGCAAAAUCAGAUUAGGGACACAGCCGAUUUCUACUACAAAAGUGAUUUCAAGAGACAAUUGAGUUUGAAAUUCCUUGCCUAUGUUCUAUUGAAAGAGAAGGUACAGACCGGUAAUCACGACUCAAUUGAAGAUGCCUACACUGCGUUGUUGCUAUACAAGAAGUAUAUCGAGAUCACAGCUACUGGUGAGUACGAGAGUACUUUGAAUUACAUCUACUCGGAAGGACAACAGUUGAGGUUCAAAGUGCCUGAAUAGAAAAUAUUAAGUAAUGCCUAAUAGAUUAAUGACAUUUAAUAAUAUGAAAAUAGUAAUU